GAUUCGCGGACACGGGUAGUGCAAAAAUACAAUUUUGUCAGUCGCGAUUAAUAUUCAUAAGUUUUUUUAUUGUGUGGCAUAAAAAUACUCGAUCAAUUAUUAAUCCAGUCGGCGUUUUCUCGAUUCACGGACGGUGUAUGCAUGGAAUGCGCAAAAGACGCCGACACUGAUGUGUUAAAACAAAGGCAAACGUCAGCAUUCUGACCAAUCCCCUUGGAGAAUUUGAAAGUUAACGGAAAAGUACCCGAGGGUUGAAAAAUCCGGCUAUUCGCCAACGUAUCCUUUGUGCUAGCGGUUAGGAAGUGAAUGUUUUUUGUGCAAAAUUAUGUGAUUAUCCUUGGAAAUAGUGCCUUUGGAACGUCGUGGUCGCCAAAAUGUCGGACAGUAUACAGGUGGCGAUAAAAGUACGACCGUUAAUCAAAAGGGAGAAGGACGAAAAUCUUCAGAUACAAUGGGCUGUUGUGGAUAACGCGAUUGUUCCUGUCGAUCCUGAGAAGAAACGCGGUGAAUUCUGUUAUCAGUUUGAUCACAUAUUCGCUCCUGAACAAACGAACAAUGAUGUCUUUGAAACUGUUGUCAAGCCUAUUGUUGACGCAGCAGUCAAAGGCUUUAACGGGACUGUAUUCGCAUACGGUCAGACAAGCUCUGGUAAAACGCAUACCAUGUUGGGAACUCCUCUUGAACUUGGAGUCAUUCCUAUGGCGGUUGAGUGUACUUUUGAUUCUAUUGCUGAUACCUCUGGAAGAGAAUUUCUUUUACGAGUCUCUUAUCUUGAAAUCUACAAUGAAAAAGUGAAUGAUCUGUUGGACACAAGUGGAACAGAUCUGAAACUUCGGGAGGAUAGCAAUGGCCUUGUACAAGUUCUUAAAUGUAAAGAAGAGAUUGCAAGCAGUCCUGAAGUUAUUAUGAGUAUCAUGAAGAAAGGUGAUAAGAAUCGAAGGAUUGGUGAAACAGACAUGAACGACAGGAGUAGUAGAAGUCACACGAUAUUUAGGAUAACGAUUGAAAGCCGAGAUUUAAGUAGUGAUUCUGAUGGAGCUAUUCAGGUUUCUCAGUUGAACUUAGUAGAUCUGGCAGGUUCUGAAAGAGCCAGACAAACAAAUGCCACUGGUGAAAGGUUCAAAGAAGGAACUCACAUAAAUAUGUCUCUAUCGACUCUUGGACUCGUAAUUAAACAGCUUAGUGAAUCAUCAGAUAGUACCAAAUAUGUCAAUUUUCGAGACAGCAAGUUGACAAGGCUGUUGCAAGCUUCUUUGGGAGGUAACGCAAUGACCACUAUCAUAUGUGCGGUGACACCAGCAGCAUUUGAAGAAACACAGUGUACACUGUCAUUUGCUUCAAGGGCCAAGAGUGUUAAGAAUAAACCAACAGUUAACGAAGUAAUGUCAGAUGCUGUUUUGCUGAAGCGUUACAAAAAGCAACUUGCAAAGUUGAACGAGGAACUAGAAAAACUCAAAAAUGUAAAUAGGAUAGCCGAGGUUGAGGAGAUGGAAUCUAAAUUGCAAGAAAAAGAGCACAAGUUACAAGAAACGGAUAGAAUGAAUCAAUUGUUGGAAGAGCGUAUUGAAUUGUUAAAAAAUGGUAUUAUUUCAGCAGACAACGCUACAAAAGAAGAGACUAAUUCUAAAAUUCCUAGAUCUAAGAGAAGGCGGACGUGGGCUGGUGACAGAGGAUUGAAAAAUUCUCGAUUUAGUUUGGGAAAUUUACCGACAAUAAAAGAAAUGUGCACAAGUCCAGAAUCAAAACCAAAUGAAAAAUCUGACAACAUAAGAAGAAGAAAGAGUAUUAUUCAAAGUGUAAAUUUUAACGAGGAACGAUUUCAAACGGCUUUUACGGAUUUCGAGAUGGAGUUGAUAAAAGUUGCCAAAGAACGUGAGGAAGAGUCCGAUGUGACCAUUGAUUGUGUUGAAGAAAGAGAUUCGCGCAAGAUUAAACCUAGAACAGGAAACCGUGUUCAGUUUCAAGAAGAUGUCGAGAUUUACCGUCUUAGUAGCGGUAGUAAUUGGAGUGAAGUGUCAACGCCUGAUAAGCGUAGAUCAAGCUCAAGUCAAGGGGACAGAACACAAGAGACCACAGCUUCUCCUGGUACACCAAAAUCAGUUUUACGAGAAAGAUUGAGCUACCUUACUGAGGAAUAUAAAGCUCUGCAAGAAUUUACUACAUUAGAAAGACAAAUAUUUUCUGCACAACAGGAUUUUGAUUCGCCAAAUGAAAAACUGUUUAUGCAACAGCAAAUUGAUGGAUUGUUGCAAAGGCUACAAAAAUAUAGUUCAUAUCAAACUGAACUCGAGGAACAGUUAACACUUUCACUAUGUUGCAUAAAUGGGCUAAGCUCAAGAACACCAGACGUUUUAGACUUGUGGAAGCCAUCCUUGUUCAGUGAUGAUAGAGGUGAAGUAGAUACCAUAAGUGAACUCAAACAACUGGAAAAAUUACUUGCCAAUCUAAAAAGUGAACAAAACAAUGGAGAAAGAGUAUUGUCCCCAUUGGAGAAAGAAUUAACUGAAAAUUUCAACGUUUGUGUUAAAGAAUUAGAACAGGUCAAGUCACAGAAAGAAUUAUUAUUUAAAGAAAAUACGGAAAUAAAAAAGAAGCUUGCAGAUGAAUCAAAAAAAUUGCAAAGUGCCAAUAUUUUAAUGAAUACCUUGAGAACUGACACAGACUGUUUGAUGGAAAAAUUAAUUCAGAAAAAUAGCGAAUUAGCAACACUUAAAGAAAGAGUAGUUGAGUUAGAAAAAACAGUAGAAAUCGAAAAAUCUAGCACCAAUGUUCUUGAAGAUUCCAUUAGAAACAAUGAACAAGUUUCCGAUGAAUCAAAAUCAGUCCCCAAAGCGAGUCAAGAUAAAAAUCCCGAAAUCGCAAGAUUGAAUGAAAUAAUUGAGGAAAAAACUCAUGAAAUCAUCAAAUACAGGCAAUUCGAAGAAGAAAUCAAAUUAGAGAAUGUACGUCUGCAACAAAGCUUGGAUGCUUAUUUGAAAGUGGAACGCCAAUCCCAAGAGUGUCAAACUGACAUCGCUCAGGAGCAAGAUUCCGAAAUUACAAAUUUAUCAGAGAUGAUUAAAAAUCAAACCUCCAGUAUUACAGCCUACCAGCAUCUUGAAACAGAAUUACAGCAGAAAGUUGACCAUUUGCAGCAAUGCUUGGAUUCGGUAUCCAAAGUUGAAAAAUCUUCUCAAGAGUGCCAAACAGAUGAUGUCUAUAGUCAACGUGAUGACAGCCUCCCAGUUGAGCAGAAUAAGGAAAUAACCAGGUUAACAGAAGUAAUUCAAGAAAAGAUUCUUGAAAUCACCAAUUUACAACAGCUUGAAAAAGAGAUGAGACAAGAAAUUGAAAGGUUGCGAAUUGGAAGUGCUGAUCCCAUGGUUGAAACAAAGACUGAAGAAUGCCAGACAUUGUAUUUUGACAUUGAGGAAGAUGCAAUAAGGAUGAAGAUCAGUGCAGAAAAAGAUAUGGAAAUAUCAAGACUGGAAGGUGUAAUACAAGAAAUUACACUUGAAAUCACGAGAUAUAAGAAAUCUGAAGAAGAUGCAAAACAAGAAAUAGAACGUCUGCAACUUCUUCUUGGCAAUGCUGUCAAUAAGACUUCGGAAGAGUGUCAAACGGAAGAUAUAUCAGAUAUUACCAGUAUUGAUAAAGACAAGAGUAAUGAAAUUUCUGGAUUGUUGGAGUUGAUCCAACUAAAAUCUUUGGAAAUCGAAAGGUACCAAAAAUCAGAAGAGGAAAUGAAAAUGGAAAUUCAACAGCUGCAGCAAUGUUUAGCAAAUAUGAAGCAAGUUAAAAAAAUCUCGGUAGAAUGUCAAACUAAACGUCUUUCUGAAAUAUUAGAUGAAGCUGACUCGAAUGUAACAGAGGAUGAAGAAAUGCAAACAGAUGAAAGGGAAAUUAAAAUAGUCAAACAGUUGAAGAUUAUUGAUAAAAAGACUCUUGAAGUUGAGGAGUACAGAAGGCUAGAGAAUACACUGAGAAACGAGAUAGAGCAAUUGAAGCAUCUUCACAAUCAACAACGAUGUCAACCAACAUCCGUAGAAUCCAGUGAAGCCGAACAUGCACAUGAUGAUGAUACAGCUGAAGAGUUGGCGAAAUUGACGAAAAACGUGCUCGAAAGAGAAGCCGAGAUUGAACAGUACAAGCAAAAUGAGCAAGAAAUAAGAAAAGAAUUAGAACAGUUGAAGCAGAGUUUGAAUUGUGCUCAAUCGAGUUCCAAUCAAGAAAAAGACAAUGAAAUUUCGAAAUUAUCAGAAGUAAUCCAAGAAAAAGAAUUAGAAAUUAUUCAGUCCAAGCAGAACGAAGAGGAAGCUAGAAAGGAGGUCCAACAUCUGCAGCAAUGUUUGGACACAAUAGGCAACGUCGAACGUAAAUCGGCAGAGUGUCAGACCGAGUCCGUUUCUACUAUUGAAGAGCAUCAUCACUCUGAAGCGAUGUCGGAAAAAGUCAACGAAAUUGAAAGGCUUUCGCAAGUUGUGAAAGAAAAAACUCAAGAAUUCGAUGCUUACAAACAAUCCGCGGAAAUAAAAAUACAAGAAAUCGACCACCUUAGGCAAUGUUUAGAAAAUGCAAGCAAAGCAGAGCAAACAUCUCAAGAAAUACAGACAGAAGAGACAUUAACACUCGACAGCGAACUCAAAGCGAAAGAGUUGGAAACGUCUAGUCAGAUAAAGGCUUAUCAGGAGGAAAUUGAAACCUUGAAAAAUCAGGCCGAGAUCUCGAGAGAGGGCUCUGCAACUGCAACUGCAGAACUUGAAAUAAAAGUGACGUCGCUGAGCGAGGAAUUAUCCGCCAAACUCAAGAAUCUUGAAGAAUUAAACACGUUGAAUACUGCUUUAAAAAGUGGAAUCGACGAAAAGAACUACGAGAUUUUGAACUUGCAGCAGUCGUUUGAGAUUAAAGUACAAGAACUUGAGCAGAAGAUCGAUGCUAUUGUAUUAGAAAGAAACGAGUUGAAGGAAAAGAUUGACGCUGUACAUACGAAUGAUGUGGCUUAUAAUUUCGAGAGAGAAGCAGCAAAUCUCAGAGAUAUGGUUGAUAAAUUAAAAUUGGAAAACGAAGAUUUAAAGCUACGUCUGCAAUCAUACGAAAUGAAAUCUAACAAAAAUAAUUUGUCAAUUAGCGAAAAAUCCAUUUCGACUGCAACUCCAGUCAAAACAUGCGCCGCAUCAUCGUCGAGUGCCUUCAAUAGUUCAGUAAUGAGUCCGAUAGUAAAAUUGGAGGAAAACACUCUGCCUAAGCAUGCGAUAGAAGAAAAUGUACCGAAGUCAUUAGACGAUCACAGUUUCGUUAAACCAGAGAGUGUUUUAAUGAACGACUCCAAAGUGUCUGCUCCUGUGACGAAGGACGACCAGAGCUUUGUACAAUCACAAAAGAAGAAAUUCGAAUUGGAAUCAAGCAGUAUUUUUGCUAACCUAUCAUACUUUGACAAUAUGGAAGUUAGCCAAUCUUCAGUACAGGAUAGUACUAGUAUAUUUACAGCGGAUGAGAGUAAAAAUAUAUCUAACAUGUCAGCAAAUAUUGAUAAUUCACUGGCCAGUCACGUAAGUCAAAAUGCAACUGUAGUCGAUGUAUCAGUAUUACAUGAAAAUAAUAAGGAUGUCAAUAAUGAAGAUAUUCAAUCAGUAUCUGUCAAAGUUGAGAGCACACCAUUGACUAUGGAAGAUCUCGAAAAAAUAAAGGUUGCUCUAGAAAAAGAGAACGCUAGAUUAUCUUAUGACCUAGAAAAGAAAAUUCGCGAGACCGAGGAAGUUCAAAGGGUUGUUAGCAACGUUAAGCAGACACUUGAAGAACUUCAACAAACGAUUUACAUAUUGACUAACGAAAAUAUGGAUAUGUCCAAGCAACUUACCGAAGCAAGAGAAAACAACAGCGUGGUUGUCAGCGAUUUUCAAAGAGAAAUCGAUGCUCUAACGAGUCGCCUGGCGGCGAUAACAGAAGAAAAAGUUUCUCUGAAAAACGAAAUCGUGCUAUUGAAUGAGCAGUACGAAAAUGCGCGUGCCACCACGCCCGUUAUUACAGAUGACGAUAUGAAACACAAAUUCUUCGAGUACCAAGAAAGGAUAAAAACGUUAACUGAAGAGAAUAUCGAGUUGUCGACGAGUCUGAUGGAUAAGAUUGAAGAAUUAGAAAAAGUUAAGGAAAGCAAAAUUCAGUUGUACGAUCACGAAUGCACUUAUAAAGAAAAAGCAGAAGCCUUGGCUGAGAAGAUCGAUGGAUUGGAAAAAGAAAACAUUGAAUUGUCGAGUGAUUUGACAGAGCAAAUCGAAGAAUGCGAUAAACUUAAGGAGACUGUGGAUGUGAUGAAGCAGCAGCUUGAAGCUUACGCAGCUCAACAGUCCUCCGAUAAGACAAGCGAUAACGAUUUGGAAUUCUUCAAACAGGAAAAUGCGCGAUUAACUAGUGAGUUAAUAGAAUUACGAGCCAAACUGACUCAAUUAAACAGAGAAAAUGUUAAUUUAUCUAACGAUUUAGCUUUGAACAACAGCGAUGACCACAAUGAAUCUACUAGUUUAUCUCAUGGCAAGACGUUGAAUACCUCGUCAAUUGCUUCUGAAUCACCCGUAAACGAGGGUAACGCCAAUGAUACACACAAUAUUUCGUCUAUGAAUAAAAAAGUAAAAUCAUUGCAAGAGCAAGUAGAGCAUCUAACAAUGCUCAACAAGAAGCUCGGCGAAUUGAAGUUGACGAAUUGUAGUCAAUGUGCGCAUUUGAAAGAACUCAAUGAAAGUAGAAGAGAAUUAAAACUCGAAGUUAAAGCGUUAAAUCAAAAGCUUGCCGACCUUCAAAAGAAGUUCCAACAAAAAUGCGCUGACACGGAGGCUUUAAGAGCAAAAGCAAACGAGGACUUGAAUGCAAGCCUGAGUAUGAUGGAUUCAACCCUCAAUGGUAGUAUUUAUGAUGGAGUUAACGUAACGGUAAUCGAAGAGAAAGUUCAAAAUUUGCACAGUGAACUUGAGGAAUUGAAGGAAAAUCAUAACAAACUAUCCAAUCAGUACAAAGAAAAAUGUAACGAGCUAGAGAAAUUGCAAUACGACAACACUCUUGCCAGUCCACCCGAGAGGAAAGAGACAAAGCGAUCGAAGGCCGAUUCAUCGUCUCGUAAAAGUUCCUCGAGAAUUCAAAAUCUCCAGAAAGAUCUUGAAAAACUCAGCAAUGAUUUACAAGAACUCAAAAAGGUUAAUACAAACACAAGCACUGCUCUAAACAAAUUUAUGGUUGAACGAAAUGAGACCAUACAAGAAAACGACUCGCUCAAGUUAUCGAACGAAGAGUUGAAGAAAGAGUGCAGUGCCGCCCAAGCAAGUGCCUUGCAUCAAGAAGAAAAGGUCAAGCUUUUAGAAGAAGAAUUAUCGACUUUAUACAAACGAAUCGAAGUGGCUAACGCAACAGAAAAAGAAAUUCAGUCUCAAAAACUGGAAAUUGAAGUUCAGUUAGAAAGCUUGUUGAAAGAGAAGACUGAACUCGUCAGUUCUGUGCAUGAUGCCGAAGAAAAAUUCAAAAAAGAACUGGAAGACUGCAAUGCUCGUUUACACAACUACGAUAAAGAGAACAACGACUUGAAGAAUGAGUUACAAAAACUUGAAGUUCUUGUGCAACAGCUUAAGGGAAAGAAUGAGAGUGCAUUGGAAGAGAAAUUAAAGAGUGAAAUCGAAUCGGCCAAGUUACGAAUGAUGAAGGAAAUCGGUAGUCUUACAAGUCUUUCCGAAGCAGAGCAAAAGACCUUACCAAAGAAGCCAGUUACCGAUAUUUUCGUAAGCUUCCUGAAUGCAAUUCUGUCCAAAGAACAAGAAAUAAUAAAGAGAUUGCAGGAAGAGUUCGAGAGAAAAAUACGUAAAAUUGAAGAAGAAAAGCAACAAAGUAUUGAUUCAGCAAAGCGAGCGAACGUCUGGGCCAAAACCUUGGAAACCGAUAAUGAGAAACUUCAAGGGGAUUUGACUGAGCAAGAACACAAAAAUAAAAAUCUUCAAUCCGUAGCCCAUAGGCUGGAGGAAAACUUGAAAGAGGCAUAUCACGAAAACCAGCAACUGCACAACAGAAUUUCCAAUUUGGAAUCUGACUUGAACUCUCUACAAAAUGAAUUGGAUAAAAAAUCAAGGUCUAACGUUGAACGGGAUUCUGCCAUAAGUGUCGCUCAGGAGAAGGAAAGACUGGCGAAGACCAGAGAAGAAGAAUGGGAAGACCGUUUAGCGAAUGAAAGGGAAAAACAUGCCCAAGAGAUCGAAGAGCUCAAUUCGCAAUUGGAAUUGUACAGGUCUACCAACGAUGAUCUGAAAAAUACUGUUGAAGGUCUGGAUCUUGAAAUUGAACAUCUGAAGAAUACUAUUAGCAUAAAGGCAGAUGACUUAGCAGCAUCUCUACGUAGAAUAGAGGAGUUGCAAAGAGAACUGGAGCAAAUGGAAGAUAUUCAUCAUCAAUUAAAAAGCGAGAAUUUGGAAAAGAUUAAGCACGUUGAAGACAUUACCGGCCUUCUGAAGAUUAAGUGUGAUUUGUUAACUGAAUACAAGACCAAAGUUGAAACGAUGAAACCGGAGUACGAGAGCUUGCAAGCACAAAUUGCCGAGCGUAAAAUCGCGAUUGAAAAGUGCAAAGAAGAAAUACAUGCCUUGAAGUUAGAGAACAAGAAGCAAGCCGACAUUUUACAAGAUAAACUCAAUGACGAGGAAAUAAAAUCAGCUGGUUUGAAUAAGCAAGUAGCUGAAUUGAAAAACAAAAAUACGGCUUUGUACAGUACAAUCGAAGAAUUUAAAGAUCGGUGCGCUGAACUUGAGAGGGAAAAUGCAAGUCUUCAGCGAAAGGUGAGGAAUAGUACAAGCAAAGUGCGAGUGGAGAACGAGAUGCAAGAAUUGCAAGACGAAAAUCGUUCUCUGAAAAAUCAUUUGGAAGGAUCAUAUAAUCGCAUCAAAGAGCUUCAAGAGUCCAAAUCUCAAGUUCAACGGGAAAUGACCGAAGUUCAAGGACAAUGCGAGCUUCUUGAGCAAGAGCUUAACACGACUAAAAAUGCAUUAGAGUCUUUGAGAGAAAAAUAUAACAACGUAAAUCUUCAAAAACUUCGUGAAAAAUACGAAACAUUGCUACGAGAGAAAAAUAGUAUCGUACUGGAAGUCGAAGAGAAAAAGAUGCUUAUUGCAAACAAAGAUCAAAAGUUGGUCGAGUUUGGUAUAGAACUGGACACUUUGGUUAAGCAAAAAGAGGCUCUCAACCAUGAAAUACUAAAUGUUCGAAAAGAGAAAUCCUUGUUGGAAAGUCAAAUUACAAAUCUAUUGGAUAACAUGGAAAAAUUCAAAGCUGGUAAAUUAGUUGCUGACAUUGAAAAAGAUGAAGCUUACAAACUUAUUGUCGAGGAGAAAAAUCAACUUUCUCUUGAGCUCCAAAAUUGUCGUCAAGAAAUAUCAGAACUAUUAACUAAAAAUAAAGAACUCGAUGAAGAGAUGGAUGAUUUAGUUAAUCACAUUCAUAAGCAAGAGAAUGAAAUUGCGGAACUGCACGAUCGCUUAAUCACAGGAUCAGCUGGUGGAAGUUUAGAAAAGCUAAAGACUUUAGAAGAUGAGAACGAGAAAAUUAAAAUUGAUUUACGUGUAACAGAAUUGAAUUGUUCGAAACUACAGGCUGAAAUCAUUCGUUUGAAUUCAGAUAAAGAGCAACUGAAUUCAAGAAUCGAUGAUCUUAAUAACAAAAUUGGAGAGCUUGAAUCGAAAAAUUCAAGCCGCUGCAGUUCUAAAAGCAACAGCCCGACAACGCAAAAAGGAAGAAGGCGUUAUAGACGUAGUGAUUUGUACAAUCAAAAUAGGAAUCUUGAUCUUGACAACGACACUAGGGAUGUGACUGACACUGACUCUCCAUCGGCAACGCCGACACCACCUCUUAUUAAUACCAUUGACGAAGAAUGUCGUACGUGCACUGAAUUAAGAAAUCGUAUUCGCGAAAUGUCACUUGAUCUCGUAUCAAGGAACCAGAAAAUUACAAUGCUUGAGGUACAACUCCAGGCAGAGAAUUUCCCAUACCAAAUGAAGUGUAAUGAACUGCAGGAGCAACUGUUACAAAUUAGGACUAAGAAUUCUGAAUUAAAAUUAGAAGCUCAAAAACUACAACGAGCUUUGAUGAAAGAUAGUUCUCGUGAAUGCCAAGUAUGCAGACAGAAAAAACUAAAAAAAACAGAACAAGCUGUUCAAGUGAACAUGGAUAAUAAAAUUAGUAUGACUGGAAUGAGCACUGGCAUUGUGGAAGAUCAUAUAAGACUGGAGAAAAUGGAGAGAGAACGAAAUUGGAUGAAGGACUUGUGCAGAAGUCGUGCACGAAAAAUCAAAGAGCUUGAGCAACGUAUAGGAGAACUCGAAGGUGUAAAAAUUAGUUAGUUAUCAAAGGAUAUUAGGACAGGAUAUUAAAAUUGCCUUUUAAACAAUGAUCGUAUCUUAUAUUCCGUCUGCUUAUGUGUGUUAAGUAUAAGAAUUGUAUUCAAAAUCAAAAUUUUGAUUCUGUAGGUUGUCGCGUAAGAUAUCUUUAUAGAUGAUCGUGAAAUGACUAUUUAUUUAAUUACUUGAUAAACGUUUUUGAUAGCCUAUAGUAUAUUGUACAAACAGAUAUUAAUGUAUAGUGCAGUACACAGACAAGUAUUUUGUAACAGUAUGUAUGUGAUGUUAGACAAUAGAUAUUGGAUCCAAGCAAUUGCAGACAAUUAGUAUAAAAGAGAACAUUUGUAUUUUCUAAAUUAUAAUUUUCAUACAUAACAAAUUUGUUGACUCAACAAGUGUAUUAAUACACAUAAAAUUUUACAAUCAUGUUCAAGUGUUCAUGAAAUAGGGAAACAUCUUAAUGCUUUACAGAUGAUAUAGCAUUAAAUAUCUUGAAAUAUGUCAGUAAAUAUUUUGUAAAAUAUACCCUUUUGAAAUGUGCCAUGUAAUGGUUUAUGUAAUUUUAAAGAUAGUGGUACAUUCAUAAAAAACAUUGUUAUAUUUUUAAUAGUAUUCAAAAUUUAUAUUCUAUUCUAUCUAUUUAUAGAUCAAAAUGGAACCUUGUCAAACAAGAAAAAAUUGGAUUUUCAUAUAUGUGUAUCAGUGCCAAUAUUUUGUAUGUCAGUGCCUUAAAUUAUUUCAUCCAGACAAUCUGUAUUAGUGUGUACAUAGAUAGUAUAUGUUAUAUAGUAAUCAAUCCAAAAUAUUUUUAUACAUUUUGAUACGCAAAAAUUAUAUAUUUGAAUAUAGCAAUAAACAAUAAAGAAUACUUAUAUACUUAAUAA